AUGGUUGCACAGAUAUUGAGCAACACAAAACCUGUUCAUGGCCCACAGGCAACAGAGGCAUUCUCAAAGCUGUUCUUUGACGACAUGAUCAAACUGACUCUUGAUCUUGCUUUUGAGACAGCAAAGGCCGAAGCAGAGGCAAAGGCUGCAGCUGAGAAAACAGAUGUUAAGAUCCCAUCUAAGAUAACGGUUAUGAGAAAACAAGCCAACUUGCUGUAUCAUGCAGCAUACAAUGAUGUCAAACAACAGGUAGUGGAGUUCAUUGAAGAAGCCAGGCAAAAGAAGAAGCUCCUUGGCGCCCUCACAGAGUUUUUCAAUGAGCUUCAGAGACUCACCAGUUAUGUUUUCACAGUGCUUAUGGGUGGCCCAACACCAGUUAUGGGAGAUGAGAUUGAUAUCCAGAGUUUUCAUGUUGGUAUAACUGAAGUUGGGAAUCAGUUCAACCAAGUGUAUCCUGAGUUUAACUCAGGGAUCAUGCAGCCAUGGAAAGAGUUUGUCAAGUGCAUGUUUUCGGUUGCAGCAGCAAAAGAAGAAGGAAAGCCUGAGUUAUCUAAAGACAUCAACAGCAUUGAUGGUGCCUUUGAAAAUAUCCCACAUGAUACUUCAAUGCUGGUGUCAUCCUCUAAUACAUCCACAUUAUUCCCUCAUGUACCCAAACCAACUUCUCUGUUUCCAUUACCAACAGUGCCCCCAUUAUGCCUACAGUCAAUUUCUACUUCUCUGGUGGGCUCAAGUUCCAAUGCCGUUGUGACAAUAAUACCAGCGCUAGGCGCAUAUGAGUGUCAUAGGCAUAUUUUGCCUUUCCUAGGGGAAAGGAGCUGCACACCAGUCCCCAGCGCUAAAAUUCCCAAGCUAUCCACUUUGCCACUUUUCUCCCAUAGCGCGCUGCCUGGUGUAGAGACUCCAUUGCGACUUAAACGCACUAAACGUGCAACGCUUCCGCCUAAUCCGCGCAUCCGCGCAUCUGGCGCCUAUAGCGCGCCUCUAUAG